CAGACUGUUCUGAGGAGCCAGGAACAGCCCUUCCCGAGAAUUUAAGACUUGCGCGUGACCAUCUGCUUGUUUAGAAGCCGUCUCGCAUCUCCAACGUGUGGAUUAUGACCCUGGACACUGAUUUAAUGGAUGACCUCGUUGUCGACGUGGUUGGAGAAGGUGGCAAAGAUUCUGGAGACGAACAUCUUUUGACUUCGCCUCUCUCUGCAUCCGACCAGGUCCAUAAUAAGGACGAGGAGAACCACGUCCCAUCUUCCAUAUGUCCGUCAAGUUCGAGCAAAAGCUCUUCGGUGAAACCGCCGUAUUCCUACAUCGCUUUGAUAACAAUGGCCAUCCUCCAGAGCCCGAAGAAGCGUCUUACUCUCAGCGAAAUAUGCGACUUCAUCAGCCACCGGUUCGUGUACUACCGAGAGAAGUUCCCGGCUUGGCAGAACUCCAUCCGCCACAAUCUCUCCUUAAACGACUGCUUCGUGAAAAUGCCACGCGAGCCGGGUAAUCCUGGAAAGGGGAAUUACUGGACUCUUGAUCCCAAUUCCUCGGAUAUGUUUGAGAAUGGAAGUUUCCUUAGAAGAAGGAAGCGUUUUAAACGGCAGCACUUCAAAUUUGGCGUGUUCAAAGACCAAGCGCUGCAGCCGAGUGGCUUUCCGAACCUCAGUUACGGCGCGUACGGGCUCAGCGCGUCCUGCGCGCACUUACCAGCUCUGGAUGUCUACCCGUAUAGCUUCCAUCAACACAUCGGUGUUCCACCUGUUGGCAGCAUUUUACCGGCUCUGUCCACUCUUUUCUCCAGAAACUCUGUGGCAGCCAAAUCCUUUCCACAGUCACAAACUGUGGCCAUAGAGCCGGUCACCCCUGGCAUAGCCUGCGCAAUGGCCCCGACCUCUCCAUACGCGUCCUCAGCAGCUCUCUUCAAUCCUGUGGGCUUCCCCCGGAUGCUCAAUUUUCAGUACGAGUACCAGAAGCUGCAAAACGCUCACAGCCACGUGGAUUUAUCCACUAAACACAGACAUCUGGCUAGCGUCAAUGACUAGCAGCGCAUAUAACCGGACACAAAACUAUUCAUUCUCAGGAAUCAAUUCAUUUAUCCCGAGGUGUAAAAGUGUAGAUAAUCGCGUCGAAUGUUUGCGGACAUUUUUACGAACUUCUCAGUUAGAUUUCUGUCAGGAAUUAAUCAAGUGAAAUAUUUUUGUUACAUGCUGAAAGUGUUUAUUCAUGCAUGUUAUUUUUAUCGUAAUGUUUAAACCGAAUGUUUCAACUAUUUAAAUGACGAAUUUCCUUUUCGCGUUUGGCCGGAAAUAAAGCUGACAUUUUAAAAAGGA